AACAAUAACCGUAAAAAUAUUCAACUUGCCAACUACGGACCCGAUCGUUUUGAGCGAUAACAAUUCGCGUUACACUGCACCAGUUCACAUCACUAACGUCCAUUUGUGGUGGACGACCAGCAGUGACUAUCGCCACCAGCUGAGAGGGCCCAGCCUCCGCCCUGAGCCGCCAGGGGCCACCUUUAGCUUUGAUGCCAGUUGUUGUAAUGUUGCACAUAUUGGCGGUCACCAUCGUUCGCAGAGCAACGCAUCGUUCCAACGAACAAUGCUCCUCUAAGGAUAGACAGGCUCAUCAAACGAUUUGUCGGAUGAAUGGACAAGAACAACACGUUUCUGGACCCCUGCCGUUUGUCGUGACCCCCAACAGCAACAUUCACUUCAAAAGCAACGAACGGCCAGUUGUGGACCAUUAACUAGCUUAAACAAGCAAGCAAGGUAACGAUAACAUCACACUGCAGAACAGUACACAACGACAAAAAAUAAAAGCUGUUAAGAUUGUAACAGCAGCAACAGAGCCACGAGAGCGCCGAUAACGAAGCCGACCAACGGCAGUUACAGCUUACACUGACCUUAGUACAGGUAUAUACUGGUAACAAAUAGUAUGUGACACAGAGUGCCAGCCCUUACAGCAGCAACAGUAGCUCUCUUACACAGAGCCCCAAUCGACGAGGAGACGAUGGCAAAGCGACACUGUUUUGAUGAUGAGCUGCUCCUUGUCUGUCUUCUCGAACUGCGCGCAACUACCCAACUACCAUCCAAUCAUCAGCUGCACUCUCCCCUUCGCGAUUGCACCGUACUGAGCCUGGCCGAUAUCUGUGUGUGUGUGCACCGAAGUGCUGCUACUGCCACCAGUCUUCUCUCCUUCUGCUGGGCUUGUCAAGGGGCUUCUGCUGUUUGCUCGCAGACGCCUCUCGAUGUGCGCCUGCUGAUUCGUAAAUUAGCGCCUCCAUUGUGUCUCACCGCACAGCAGACGCAAACAGAGACGGCGAGAUAGACAACGAAUCAUGUGUAACCAGUAACAUUGAGCAACCAGCACAGCAUAGCAGCGUCCAGUGUUCCUGGUACCCCGUAUCUUCAUGUGCGCUCAGCCAGCGCGCGCACUUCCUGUGGGCGAUAGUCCGCGUCGAAAACAGAUGGUCACGCAUGCGUAGAAAUGACCCGCGAGAGAACCCUGAUACUGACUGCCGUGGUCUUUCAGCAGAAGACUAUGAACGUAAUCUGAAAAAAAUCUACACAGUUGACACUGUACAGACAUUUUGGCAGGUGUAUAACAACAUCCCAUCCGUCAAUGAAUUAGGUCCAAACUAUAGCUACCACUUGAUGAGGGAACAACAUCGGCCGAUUCGCGAAGAUGGCGUACACAAGGACGGCGGAGCCUGGAGAUGCAGAUUGGCUAGUAGCGAUACUAAAGCGAUUUGGCAGGAGCUGCUACUUGCAGCUAUUGGUGAGCAGCUCACCGAUUCGGACAAUCCUACCGAACUACUUGGAAUCUCGGUGGCUUUGCGAGAUGGCGACGACAUGAUUCAACUGUGGCAUGCCAACGCCUGCACUGAACAGACUUCAAAAAUUCCAGAUAGACUUGAACAUGUACUACCUUCCGGCUUCAGAUUCUUGAUGCGGUUCUACAAAGCUCAUCACACCAUCCAUCCAUACCGCGGGGGCGGCGGGAGUAGCGCCAGUCACAGCGGACGUCGUGGAAGUAACUAUUCUCCGUUAUAUAUUUAAUCUGCUUAAAUAUUUUUUUAGUCAUUAUUGCCCCACACUAAAAAUAUCAAAGAACAUCGGUUGUGACCAGGGUUCUGCAACGGUGCGCCGAAAAAAAAUAUGUGAAGAAGCAUAUUCAGCCGUUAUCUUGCAACUGGCCAAUACCGCCAAGCAUAUUCGCCAGGGUAACUGACUCCGUUAAUAUAUCGUCGUCGCGAAUUUGCGAAGCUCACAGUAACUGUCGUUAUGAAUAUGCCUCAUUAUCACUGUCGUACUAAUUGCUUUUCUGCACAAAAUAUAAACAAUGAGAGGACAUUUAAGACCGUAAAAGUAUGUGCAUAUUGUACACAGGGUGGAGCAUGAAUAGGCUUACAAUGAAGAAAGUUCUAAAUCUAGAGAUGCGACAUACCCUAUUUAUAUUUGCGUAUAUAUAAAAAAAAUGGAAACCCUCAUAAGCGAAUACAUAUAUCUUAUAAAGAUAUAAAAGUACAUAAGCGCACACGUCUGCGUACAUUAUUUAUAAUGCCAAUAAAUGUGCGCAGCAUAUUGUAUGGCCAUACACUGCGUAGUGUGUUUAUUUGUCAACAUAACCUUCUAUACAUAUUUAAAAUUGUAUCAGACAAAUGUUCCGCACACUAAACCUAUUUCCAAAAAGAACCUAUUUUAAUUAGAUUACUGUGAUUAAACUGUGAUGUCUCUGGAUGGGUUUCAAACUUAACAAAAGUAGGUUAAUCAUUGUAACCUAUGUACUGUCGAAUCGAUCAUACUUACUCAUCCUCAACCCUUAAUCUAACCCCUAAUCAAGUUCCGUGAAAUCAACUAUCAAACGUCCAAUCUAUUUGGUAUUUACUUUUCCAUAGCGUCGGCUUUGUCAUUUCAACGGCAGCGAAAAUGAAUACAGCAUGCUCGUUUUUACGAAUAAUUCUCGGUACGUUUAUUUAUUUUAUUAUAAUGUUUAUGAAAUAUUUAUAGUUAACUCUGAAUGUUUUGCGCCUUUAAUAUACAAAUAACGUACCUUAUCCUUGCAGAAUCACACGUACAUAUUUGACCUCCACAUUUUCAUUUCAUAGUCAUGUUUCCAGUAUCUUGUUUGCUUUCUGCCAUUUAUUACCUCUUUUUUGAUUAUACAAAAAUGCCUACAUUCCAUAUACCAUUACAUUUAACAAAAAUACCUAGACUAAAAAAGACCUGUUCAGUUAAAGUGUAACUCUAGUGAUCAUCAUCAAAUCAAACAAAUCAAAAGCGCUUCGUUUCCAGCUCGCAACUCCGAGAUGAAGCUAGAGAGACCGGCGAAAUAGUUUUGAUAU